CGGAUAUAGGGAAUGCGGGGUCCGGGGAGAGCGGAUAUAGGGAAUGCGGGGUCCGGGAGAGCAGAUAUAGUGAAUGCGGGGUCCGGGAGAGCGGAUAUAGUGAAUGCGGGGUCCGGGGAUCUAAGUGCGGGGUCAGGGAGAGCGGAAGGGGAUGAGCGGAUAGGAGCUCCGGGGAGAGCGGAUUUGAGGAGGGAUUGCGGGGUCCGGGGAGAGCGAAUGUAGAGCUCCUGCGGGGUCCUAUAGGGAAUGCUCCAUCACAUGGUCCCUGGGGUAUCUAUAGUGAAUGCGGGUCCGGGGGAGCGGAUAUAGUGAAUGCGGGGUCCCGGUAUCUGAAUCGGGGUCCGGGAGAGGGAUACAGUAAUUGCAGGUUCCGGGACAUAAGGAGUGAUGUUCUGUCAUCCAGCAGGGGAGAGCAUGCAGCAGAGGCAGCGUUGAGGGAUUGCCCAGAUGUAGAG